AUGGACGCUGCAGUCGAACACGCUGGUCCAACAGACUCGACCAGAGCUAGACUCAGACCGUUGAUCCUCGUCGAGGCCAACAGGACUCGCACCUCGAGUCUACCGACAUCCUUGGAGACAGAAGUGCCAUUCUCACGUAUCCCAACACUCUCUACACCCGCGCGUAUUGUCCACAGACCGACAAAUUCGACGAGGAAAUCGGCCAAGAACUCUGCAGCCCAUCCUCUCAGCAGCAGCGCUUCAGACAACUUUCCAGAUAUACCCGAACUUCCAGAACUCGAAUCCACCACUUCUAAAUCUUCACCUAAAUCGUCUCGCAUUUCCUCUGGUUCGCGCACUUCAAAUACCACACUCAGCACAAUGAGGUUUGGCUCUGUCGAUUCCCGUGGGUCAAACGGUACAUUUGGACCGUCUUCCCCAAACUCUGCGGCCAGUCUGAAUAACGUUACGCAGACGUUGCAUUUGCGUGUUUCACUCGACUCGUGUAUAGGCUCAGUCGUCGAUCAGCGCAGCAUCACCGACCAGAGCAUCGACGAAAUCGACCACGCGGAGAUUGUCCGCUCUACACGACGCACAAUUUCCAUUUCGAUACCUGCUGUUCUCGCCACCGUAGCACCGCGCUCGCGAUUUGGAGGCGAAAGGAGGCCGUUGGAUCGAACUUUUUCAUCUCGGUCUGCGCCCGACGUUAGCGACGCUACGGAUGCGCACCAUUCUACUCGAGCAGAUGCCUUUCCGAAGAGGGAACUCGCCAAAAGCGACCAGCCUACUCGACCAAGUUUGACCUUGGCUCAGCCCGCACGCGAUCGUGCGCUCUCGUCCCCGCCCAGGCUCGACGCAGUACCGCUCACUCCACUUUCUCCGCCGCCUCUCCCUCCCCAAUCGAGCGCGAGGCGGUCUAUCCAGGCAAACGCUCCAAAUUCUUCCUCUAGGCGCAGCAAUAUCCCACGCAGGGCGGCACCUCCUCCCAAGAUUGAUACCACGCCUAGCGAAGGAAAUAUCCGUGCAGACAUGAAUCGACCUGCAACGUCCACCGCCUUUUCCAGCAUCGUCCAUACCAACGCCAGCAUGUCGUUUCCAUUUCCAUCUAAGACGCGCAGGAUGAUGGAAGCCCCCUUCCAAGCAGUAUCCCACACGACCAUGGCCUACGCCCUCAAUCAAACUUCGGCCAUGGUUCUCUCACCUUCUCAGACGCCGAAUCUCACGCCGACGAGUACGACGGCGCCUUCGUUCCACACGACACCAUCACUUCAUACCAUUCCCGAGGCGCCUCAUCCGUUCUCGACGGUAGCGACGGUCAAUGCGCAUGCCGUGCCGGAGACGAGUUACUAUCGACGUGGGUCAGCUUCGACGUUUGGCACGACGGCGUCGAGUGUUCAUGCUAGUCUUUUGGGUGGAGGGCGUAUGAGGAGUGGGAGUGGGAAUAGUUCCAUGACGGGAGGUGUUGGUGUGGCUACGAGCUCUGGUUGUGGGACUGUAGGUGCAGGUCCAGAUGGGUUGGCUGUGGGUGGUGGGGUGAGGGAGAGAGUCGCGCGUCGCAAAGGGUCCAAGCUGCGUCGAGUUGUGGUGGGGAUGGUCGGUAAAAUUUUUGAACGGCGUGCAUCCAGUUCUACCAUUGUCUAG